CAAAAGGGUUAACUUAUUUUCAACGGGCCGAGCUGCUGCGCUGCUAAACACUUGAUCCUCUCUCUCUCUCACCAACAUUUCUUUAAAUUAGGGUUUUCUUUCCGGCAGCCUUCUCUCUCCCUUCCCUAUUUUUCCCCCCUCUCGCAUAGUUCCAGGCCGCAUAAUAAUAAAAAAAAAACAGGAGAUCUUAAACAUGGAGCUGCAGUUUAAGAUUGGUGGUAUAACUUAGUGUCACCAUCUUCUUCUUAAACCAUUAUUUUAACAACCUCUUUUGCAUCUAACCCAAACCCAACACCAAAUGAUUAUUAUCAUGUUUCACUUUCACUCUUAACCUUCAUUCAUUCAUACCGUUCUUUCUCUCUCAAGUUUUGAUUUUUUUUUUUUGGGACUCUCUUGAUCUCUGUUAUCUGCUUAACUACUUUGGUAUAUUCCUUUUUUCUUUUUAGCCGUUAUUGAUGGCAGAGUCUCUUUUCUUUCGUCUUCUUACUACUGUUUCUUUUCAAACCUUUUUUUCCACCUAUUCUAUUCUCUCUCCCCCACAUGCUUCUGUGUCUCUUCCACAGUUGCACCGCUUUUCUAGCUUCUUACCAUGUCGAGGACGAGGACUGCUGCUUCCGAGGCUCACGAUUCCAUGGAAUCUGAGGAAAGGGUAGACCUUGAUCCCGAGGAGACUCUUGAGGAGGAAUAUGAGUACGAGGAAGUCGAAGAAGAGGAGGAGGUUGAAGAGGAGAUUGAAGAAGAGGUGGAAGUUGAAGUUGAAGAGGAUGACGAGGAAGAAGAAGAAGAAGAAGAAGGAGAAAAGAAAAAGCAUGAUGAGCUCUUGGCACUUCCUCCUCACGGUUCUGAGGUUUAUCUUGGUGGGAUUCCUACUGACGCCUCUGAAGGGGACUUGAAGGGCUUCUGUGAGUCCAUAGGUGAAGUUACUGAGGUUAGGAUAAUGAGGGAGAAGGAGUCUGGUGAUGGAAAGGGGUACGCGUUUGUAACGUUUAGAAACAAGGACUUGGCUUCUGAAGCAAUCGAUAGUCUUAAUAACACUGAGUUCAAGGGUAAAAGGAUAAAGUGUUCGACUACGCAAGCAAAGCACCGUCUCUUUCUUGGUAAUGUUCCUAGAAGCUGGACAGAGUCAGACAUUAAGAAAAAGGCAAGUGGAGUCGGUCCUGGCGUUCAAAAUGUCGAACUCCCAAAGGAUCCACAAAACGUGGGCCGGAAUCGUGGAUAUGCUUUCGUAGAGUACUACAACCAUGCAUGUGCUGAGUACUCCAAACAAAAGAUGUCAGAUCCGAGUUUCAAGCUUGAUGAUAAUGCCCCAACUGUUAACUGGGCUGAGUCGAGGAAUGGAGGAGGCGGAGACUCUUCUGCUGCGCAGGUCAAGGCAUUGUACAUCAAGAACUUGCCUAGAGAUAUAACACAAGAGCGUCUAAAGGCCUUAUUCGAACACCAUGGAAAAAUCUUGAAAGUGGUCAUACCACCAGCAAAGCCAGGGAAGGAAGACAGUAGAUACGGUUUUGUGCACUACGCUGAGAGGACAAGCGUCAUGAAAGCUUUGAAAAACACUGAAAGAUAUGAGAUUGAUGGUCACACUUUGGAUUGUACACUUGCAAAGCCUCAAGCGGAUCAAAAGGCGAAUACACCAACAGGUCAGAACAUGCAGAACUCACUGUUGCAACCAAACUAUCCUCCUCUUCUUGGUUAUGGCAUGGCUCCUAGUCCCUUUGGUGCUCUUGGUGGAUUUGGCGCUUCUCCUUACCCACAACCGUUAAUGCAUGCGGGAGGUCACGCAGCUGGUGGGAUGGCGAUGAUGCCAAUCAUGUUACCCGAUGGAAGAAUCGGCUACGUCUUACAACAGCCUGGACUAGCAGCAGUGCCACAACCUCCACCAAGGCAUUCACCACCGUAUAGGGGAAGCGGUUCCAGCAGCAGUAGCAGCAGCAAAAGAAGUAGCAGCGACAAUGGUAGAGGAAGAAGCCGUUACAAUCCUUAUUAGUGAUUUCAUCAUUUGCUUUUCAUUCUGGAAAAACAUCCCAGUCAACUCCCCAAAACAAAAAUCAGUUUUAACUUUUAAACAUUAUGUUUUUUUUCCUCUU